AUGACAGGAAAAACAUUGUAGAGUUUAUUAUUGAUCAUCUUUGACUGACAGCUAGACAGAGUUAUUACAUGUGAAAAAAAAGCAAAAAUCAAAAAUCAACCUUAGUAUUAUUAACAUUGACUGCUGAAUUUAAAAUAAACAUUUAAAAUGGGAUGUGGGUCGUCUGCCCCUGUUAUCGGUGAAGCUACGGUGACAGAUGACGGAACACAAACAGAUCGUAAAACAGAGAAAGAAUUAGGUGUGAAAAAAUCGUCUAAAAAUAAAGUCAUACCAUUAGAUAGCAAUAGUAAUAGAGAAGAUCUGAAUUCUAGCAAUCCAGUACCGAAAUCAGUAGCAUUUGAAGUCCCAUUAGGACCUGAUAAGGAUAAAGCAGCUCUAUUUUUAGCGAAACCUCCACCAAGAUUAAAGAGAUUAGAACCUUUAGCAUUACCCAAACUAACACCAGAAAUGUUGGCAGAAAAACAGAAAUUAGCAGAUGAGAAGAGGUUACAGCAAUUAAAAAAGAAAGCCAGUUCAUCGAGUAAAUCAUCACGAAGGAGGAAAGAACUGAUGAAAGCAAAACAAUUUGAAAGAGAACAGACGUCCGAGAUCAUUCACUUGAAAGAUGAACAGAUGAAAUCAGCAGAAGAAAAACGAGUUGCUAGGUUACGAGAAAUUCAGGAAAAACAGAAAUUACGAGAAGAACGAGCCAAGAGAGCCAGAGAAAAGGCAAAAAGAUUAAAGGAAGCUGGUGAAGAUUUAGAAAUUGAUGUAGAAAAAGAUGAAGAAUACAAUAACAGUGAUGCCGACUCAUGGCCAGGUGAUGAGAACAAGAUUGAACGAAAAGAUCAGAGAGCCGAGUCUGGAUAUUCUAGUCCACAUAAACAACAACGAAACCCACGGGAACAUCCAAUGAGUGCCAGCACGGUAGAUAGCUUCGACACUGCCUUUACACGUCAACCCUCUAAAGCUUUACAGAUUGCACAAGACACAGAUAAUUUCUUUGAUAGCUGAUAAUAUUAUACAUCAGGGUACACGCUGAAUCAAAUUCUUAUUCUCAAGUGACUUAUUGAUCCAUAUUCACCAUAUCAAAUUAUAUCCUCCACCUGUGCUUUUGUAUUAUAAAUUAUCUCCCCUUAAUCUCUCCUUACAUAAGAGCUCAAAAAUUCAGUCAGCUGAAAAAAAGAAAUGUAAUGUAAAUUUCUAAAAGUGAAUUAUGCUUUGUACGUCAACAUAUCCUAAGUAUAAGUUGGCAUCAGAAGGACAUAAAAAAAUUUGCUUGCUUUCAUCAAACAAAAGUUCUUCUUUUGGGUUAGCGUGAGUCUGAUGACCUCGGACGUCUUCUCAAAUCAUUCCAGUUGACCCAGCUGUAAAUGGGUACUGAUAGUCCAGACUAGAUCGAUGUCAAGAGGUUUGAUCAAGGAUCAGCUGGUAGACAGAAUCCUCGUGAACCCAAGUUAUUAUCCUUGUAAAUAUAUGGUCUUUUUCUAUCUUUUUGGUAUAAUUUAUAAGGUGAAUAUGGAUCAUAAUAUUUAUUCUUGUAAAUAAUAUUUAUUUAUUUGUAAAAGAUGCAUUUGAAACAAUUUUAUUCAUU